AUGUUCCUUUUGAGAGUGAUUCCACUUUUGUGUUUAUUUAGUUGUAUAAGAGCUACUAUUAUUGGUAGUACGGGUAUAAUCGAACCAGUCAAAGACACACUGCUAAAACAACUAGACGAUUUAAUUUAUUUAUUAUUUGGUGGUAUUUGUCCAAAACACACCAAAUACGACUCUCUUAAAAACCAAAAAUGUCUUGCAACCAGCUACGAUUACAUUAUCAUUGGAGCAGGGACCGCAGGCUGCACUUUGGCUAAUCGUCUAUCAAAGGACAAUACUGUAAUUCUUAUAGAAACUGGGGAUAUACCAUCUGAUGCUUCAUUGAUACCAUUAAACUUUCUCUAUCGUCAAGAAACCGAAGAAGAUUAUUCAUUCAAAGCAAAAUCCACCGGUUUAUUCGAAGGUUUCAACAAUAAAGAAAAUGCAUUUCCACAAGGCCGUGCCCUGGGUGGAUGCAGCACAAUCAACGCAAUGAUCUACGCCCUAGGUGGCUCAGCUGAUUAUGACACAUGGGGCGACCUGGUCGAUCCCAUCUGGAGCUGGUCGAAUGUUGAACCAAUUUUCAAGAGAGUUUUCGAUAAAUUAAACCCCUUCUCAUAUCAAACAUUCGUGGCAGGUUACGAAGCCCUAAAAGAUGCUUCAGCUACAUUAAAUUGUGGCCCAGGAUUUAAAGAUCAUUUCUUAACCAUUGAUAAAAAACAACAAACACGUUUCUCAAUGGCGGAUGCUUAUAUUGCACCGAUUCUUACACGAAGCAAUUUAUGUGUUCUUUUAAAGAAUGAAGUAAUUAGUAUUGAGAUACAGGGUGGUAAUAAAGCAGAAGGUGUAUGGGCGCUGGAUCGUCUAGGCAACAAAAGAUACAUAACAGCUAAUAAAGAAGUUAUUGUAUCUGGUGGAGCUAUAAAUUCUCCAAAAUUACUUAUGCGUAGUGGUAUUGGCCCAGCUGAUCAUCUUACUAAUAAGUAUAUUAACGUGGUUAAGGACUUACCUCAAGUUGGAAUGAAUAUGGAGGAUCACGUGGUUGUACCAUUUUAUUUUAGUAUAACUGACAUUCCGAUGAUUCCACUGUCACUAAUGACUACUGUUUAUUGCGCUACAAAACAACUGAUGAACAAUAUUGAAAUGGCAAGUUUUUUGGGAUUUUUCAAUACAAUCGACUGUAGUAAUCCGCAACCGGAUAUUGAAAUAAUCCCAUUUGAAUUUUUACAAUGUGAUAAUUAUUAUUUAGAACUCUACAUUGAAAAGUUCAACAUAGCUCCACAAUAUGCACAAAAACUACGAGAUUACAACCAGAAGAGUGCAAUAUUACUGUUAUUAGUAACAUUGCAGCAUCCUGAAUCAACCGGGACAGUCACACUAAAUAGUAAUAAACAUGAUGAUCCACCCAUAAUAGAUCCGAAAUAUUUUAGCAAACAAAAUGAUGUGGAUGCUAUUAUAAGAGGUUUUAAACAAAUUAUAAAACCCAUGUUGGAUGCUCCAGUUUUUAAAGGUCAUGGAAGUAAAUUGCUUCCUAUGAACCCAGCCGGGGUUUGUCCUGGAGGUGACACCUUCAGCGAUGACUAUUUGAAGUGUUAUAUGAAGCAACUAGGAGGAACAAUUUACCAUCCUGCGGGUACCUGCCGAAUGGGUAAAGAUGAAGCCAGCUCGGUUGUUGAUAAGGAAGGCAAAGUAUGGGGCAUAGAGAAAUUGCGAGUGAUUGAUUCCAGCAUUAUUCCCUAUCUUAUAAGUGGACAUUUAAAUAUACCCACAUGUAUGCUCGCUGAAUUACUAGCUGAUAUCAUCUUGAAAGUUUGAAAUAUUUAAUAAGAUGCAUCAAAACUUUAUCUGAUAUCUUGAUAUCUAACAUGUGCAAAUGGAAUAUUUUAGUUAAUAAACUAGCGGAAUUCACAGCUGAAAGUUGUGACAAAUUCAAGAGUUGCAUACAUCACUCGUGUGUAUGUUUAAUUACCGUAUUGCGCUCUCCGGUUGGCUUGCAGCCGAGACUAAUGUAAAUUGAAUUUAGUUGAUCAAGUAAAAUAAUUACUGACUCCUGA